AUCUGGAAAGAGUGGAAGCCCUGAGGAGAGGAGAAGCUGACAUGCGGCAUGGAAAGUCCCCUCUCAGACCCCUCCACAUGGAACUGCAGUGGCCAUGGAUCGAGCACAGGCCAGACCCCUAUCCCGGGCACCCACACACUGACAGGCUCGACUCCCCUGGCACCUCUCUAAGGACUUCUGUACAGUGAACCUGGAAGGCAGGGCUGGCCCCUCAAGUGGAGGCUGAGUUGCCCCAUCUCCAAAAGCGUAGGACACCUGUGGUGGCCCCACCAUGCUGCUGGCGUCCACCACCUCUGCUGUGCCUGGGCCCCUGUCUCCACUUAGCCCGCCAAGCAACAAGAGCCAGGAGGAGUCACCGGACACCAGGGACCCAUUGCUAGCCCGGGCAGAACUGGCCCUGCUUUCCACAGUCUUUGUGGCUGUGGCCUUGAGCAAUGGCUUGGUACUGGGGGCCCUAGUGCGGCGGGGCCGGCGGGGCCGCUGGGCACCCAUGCAUGUCUUCAUUGGUCACUUGUGCCUAGCGGACCUAGCUGUGGCUCUAUUUCAAGUGCUGCCCCAGCUGGCCUGGGAUGCCACCGACCGCUUCCGUGGGCCCGAUGCCCUGUGUCGGGCUGUCAAGUACCUGCAGAUGGUGGGCAUGUAUGCUUCCUCCUACAUGAUCCUGGCCAUGACGCUAGACCGCCACCGCGCCAUCUGCCGCCCCAUGCUGGCAUACCGCCAUGGAGGUGGGGCUCGCUGGAACCGGCCAGUACUGGUGGCCUGGGCCUUCUCACUUCUUCUCAGCCUGCCCCAGCUCUUCAUCUUUGCCCAGCGUGAUGUGGGAGAUGGCAGCGGGGUCUUCGACUGCUGGGCCCGUUUUGCAGAGCCCUGGGGCCUUCGUGCCUAUGUCACCUGGAUUGCCCUGAUGGUGUUUGUGGCACCUGCCCUGGGUAUUGCUGCUUGCCAGGUUCUCAUCUUCCGGGAGAUUCAUGCCAGUCUGGUGCCAGGGCCAUCAGAAAGGGCUGGGGGUGGCCGCAGAGGGCACCGGACAGGCAGUCCCAGAGAGGGAGCCCGGGUGUCAGCAGCCAUGGCCAAGACUGUGAGAAUGACACUGGUGAUUGUGAUCGUCUACGUGUUAUGCUGGGCACCCUUCUUCCUUGUGCAGCUGUGGGCAGCAUGGGACCCAGAGGCCCCUCUGGAAGGGCCCCCUUUCGUGCUGCUCAUGUUGCUGGCCAGCCUCAACAGCUGUACCAACCCCUGGAUCUACGCCUCCUUCAGCAGCAGUGUCUCCUCAGAGCUGCGCAGCUUGCUCUGCUGUGCUCGGGUACAGGACCCACCCAGCCCAGGGCCCCAAGAUGAGUCCUGUGCCACUGCCAGCUCCUCCCUGGCUAAGGAGACUUUCUCGUGAGGAGCCGGUGGGCACCUUCCUUCCAAAAGCUCCACGAAGCUCAGCUGCCUCUGGGGUUGGCCCCUCUAGGCCUCACUGUAUACACUGAGGGCCCCUUACAUUAGCUCCUUGUUCCAGGCAUAGGGAGAGACUAAGGAGGGCAGAAGACCCUACGGCCUGGGGGUGGCAGGUGGCUUGUGCCCUGGAAAGUGCCCCCCAGCUAAGACAGAGGUCCCAGGGAACCAAAGAGGAAGGACCAGGGUGGGACCAGGGGACUUUCCUGUCUGAGCCUCUCUAUAGCCUUCCGUAAUAAAAGUUGCAGUUAUUUUCCA